UUUAACGUCCUCGGGUGGGCGGAGCUACGCACAGCGGGCACGUCACGCAGGCUGUUUGUUGGUGCCAUCUGUCCGCCCUCCUGCCUGCACUUGUUCCCCGUGAAAUCCGAGCUGGUUUUGAAGAGCGAGAAGAUGGUGACAAAAAGGAUCCGCUCAGAGUACAUGAAGAAAUUCAAAGACCCUAAAUGGGAGACCUACAGCAAAUGUUACGAGGAGAUGCUGGCGUACAGGCUGACCCGCAGGCUCCUGGAGCACACACACAACCCCUGGUUCUGGGGCGGCUCGGACAGUGAUUCGGACUCGGCUGACAGGAUACCCCGUCCUCCCGGUAAGAACCAGAACCAGGUGGUGGCCGAGCCCGGUGGGGAUGGAGCAGGAGCAGAGCGAGGGGGGAUGACGGCCACUCAGGAGCAGCAGAACAGAACCACACAGCAGGCUGUUCCCAGACUCCAUAUCCAAGACGAGGAGGAGAACACUGUGCAAUCUGCUCUUCAUGGCUCCCAGUGUGAUGGAGGGAGGGAGUCACAAGCACUGCAGGAGGGAGAAGAGGAGCAGAGAGUCUGCAGCAGAGUCAGUAAACGGUUAACACAUCCGUUCAGAGACAAAGAAAAAGACACGAGAGGCCCCCAGCCACAGAAGACAAAACUCUCCAAAUCUACAAAACAAACGUGGCGUUCUCAGCGAGUGAGGCCGGCUCCGUUCCAGGAGCCCAGAGAGGACACAAAAGAGAGUCGUCCUCCCUUUGCUCUGUACGGAUCGGGGGAGAGGGACGCAGACAUCGCCAGCAGAAAGACUCACAACGUUGGCCCUGCAGCUUCCACCUGUGAGAUUCACGAAUCGGCUCUGAGGGCCAAGACCAGGCGAGAGGUGGAGCGUCAGGUCCAGACCCAGAGGUCCGAGCGGAGGAGAGCCAAGUCUGCUGAUCCGGGCAAAUCCAGGAAGCUGGUUCCUGCGGACUUUAACCCCUGGCUCACCGAAUACAUGCGCUGCUUCUCCGCUCGCGCCCGAUAGUGACGGGUGCAGCUCAUCGGGACCAUCGAAGCCAUUAUUGACUCCAAACUCUGAAGUGGACACAGCUGCAGGUGUGGAUUCACAGAACAGGGCCUCAGUGUGCAGUUUUUAUCUUUCACACAACCAGGAUGCAAACCAACACAACCUUUAACACCUGCUGCGCAGCUCAUCACGUUCUUCUACGAGUCCGUUUCAGUUCAGAACGAACAGAAAGGGAUUUUAUAGGAGGAAGAAAAGAACGUUUCUAGUAAAACUGUGGUUACUGCAAAUUAGGUCCAACACAGGGUUUAACUGAGAAUAAACGUUCAAAAUGAUUSUUACAGCUGUACUGUGAUGCCAUUCCUUUAACACAUUCCAUGCAUCUAUAGAUGUAAACAGAAACAACACUACAAUUACUCUGAAACUUACUUUAGUUUAAUUAUUUAGAAGCCUUUCAGAUUUAAAUGUAUUUAGAUUUUUUUCCCCAUAGAUUUCUAAUAUAGGCAUUUAUCAACAUACAGAAAUAAGUCUUAAGGUUUUAGAGCUUUGUGUUUAUGAUGUGAGCUGCAGUCUGGUUCUGUUUUGUGAUGGAUCGCUUUAAAUAGACUAGUGUCGCUCGUGUUGUGAUGGUUUUAUUUCCAAUAAGCUUCUGAACAAUGUGAAAUGUUUUUAAUUGAAUAUUUUCCACUCAAUCAGGUGCCACUGAGAUCUGUUAAAGCCUGCCGACGGGGUGCUUCUGUAGUGAUGUGGCUACAGCUGCUUUUAUUUCUCGUAUUUAGUCAUUAGGAGUCAUUUUCUACUUAGAUAUUAAAAAUAAAGUUCAAAUAAUGCAGUCUUUUUUAAAAAGCAUAGCAGAGUUUAAAUAUUCAGGCCAAAUGUUUUCUUAUUCCUGUUACUGAAUGUAUUUCAGACCCCAAAGAGAAAAAUAAAAAUAAUUCUGAUUAUUUGCUCUAUUUAAAGCACUUGAACAAAAUAGUUAUAUAGCUAAUAUCAGGAUUUUAUUUUGUUUGAAUCAUUUGUGUUUAAAUAUUUAACAUAAAAAUUUAUUUGAAAUACUUUUAAUGCAUAAGAUGGAUUUUUUUUGUAACAGAAUAAGCAGGGAAAAAUUAGGUCUGCUAUAAAUAAUAAUGAUAAACCAGCUAAGUGCCAUAAAUACUUAGAAAGAUGUGUUUUUCUGUAUUUUUGAUGUGAUUAUUGUAAUUUGUUAAAAAGCAGCUCAGAGUUUUGAAAACGUUUUACAUUUUGGCAACAUUUUUCAGUAUUACCUUUUUUUUACUUUCACUUUGUAAAGAUUUAGYUUUGAAGUGAUGGGAUGUGUUAAUGUAAGAAGUAAAACUAAAUAGUUUUAAACAGACAAUCUCAGCAAAGGAAAAAUAAAGAAAGAUAAUUUGUAAUUCUUCAGUAGUUUGUCAAUAAAAUUGUUACAGUUGAGCUAAUUAUAAUGUAGAGACGGUUUAUUUUUGUGGAGAAUGUUCUGUUCACUGAGCCUAAAUGUUUCUGUAGAUCAGGACGAUAUCUGACUUUUCUGUUUCUAUGCUUUUAACACUGUAAAAUAUAUAUUUAAAUUACACAGACAACAGUUGAAUGGUGUGCCACAAAGCUUUAAUAAAGGAUUUUUCCACUUGUA